AAUGGUCGCACAUAAGAGAUUUUAACAUAAAACAAAAAGAUUUCUUAUUCAGUCGACAAUAUUUUGGAACUCGUCUGGACAGCCGAUUAUACAACUGAAGUGUACUUGGUCUACUAAAUUACCGUUUUGCAGUUAAGAUGAUUUUGGCUGUGACGGUCGCGUUGUUGGCUCUCGUGGUUUACAGAGCUGACGCUGCCUGUAGCAGAUCAAACUGGUGGUCAAGCUUUGACAGGCAGGGACUAUCGACUUGCAAAGAUGGGAAUGAUUUCAUCACGGGUUUUUAUAGAAACGACAGAAGCAGUUGGAACGACGACUCCUUGGAGUUGUUGGAAGAAGCGGAAUGUUGUAGUAGAAACUGGCCUUGGUCAAACUCUAAAACACAAAUCGUGUACGCUGAUUGGUGGCUAGCGUUUGACAGAGACAAUACUUGGGCUCAUUGUCCAGCUGGUUAUUUCCUGCAUGGUUUGUACAGAAGUGGAAACAACAAGGGCCAGUUAUUUAACAUUGAAGAAGGGAGAUGUGCUAAACCAGCCGACCACCCCCCAUACCACGGACACUGUUAUGACCAUGACAUCGGUUUAUGUUUUGAUAACAAAGGCUUAUGUAAAUGUAACAACGACUACUAUGUCGCUGGUAUAUAUCGCGGUACUUGUGAUAAACUCUUCUGCUUAGAGAAACUGAGGUGCUGCAAGACUGCAGGGGGGCCUGAAGGACUGGACGAGAUGUACAAGGUGAAGACUCGCAUCAUGGACACCACGAUGUCGGACAUGUCUUAUCUGGCUCAUUAUUUGGGUUACGGCUGGUGCUCGGGUUGUAGAGCACCGUAUGUUGGAGAAGAUUUUAGAAGACACGGCGACACUUGGCACGCUGAUAAAAGUGGACGCUGUGAGGGCUUCAUGAAUGAUAGACGUUUGAGCAUUGCAUACAGUGAUUGGAGCUUUGCUAUAAAAGACAUCAAAUUCGGAACCCCUGUGUUACAAGAGUUAACUCCCGAAACGAUUGACUCUGGUCCCGUUUAUAACAAUGACCCGCAUGAUUCCGUCAAAACGGUCAAGAGAUCUGAGACCAGUGUCCGUAGCGUCACCCACACGAAAACAAGCUCUUGGAAAGAGAGCCACGAGGGGGGUUUCCAAAUCAGCUACACACCUCCUUCAGCCACAGGGGGUCCCGGAGGGUCGGUCCACUACACGUUCAACUACGAGACCACCACCUCGACAUCAGAUUCGACAAAUAAUCAGCAGACAAAAACCUUUGAGUUAACCGAAUCGAAAACUUUGAAGCCGUAUACCGCCGUUAAAUGGAAUCUUAUGAUGUUCAAAACUAGAAGAUCAGUCACCUACACGGCCACUGUUUUAGUAAAGUUCUCCACCGAGCUUCAAGGUUUCCUGCGUUGGGGUGGAAAAGCAAACAGUAUCGAUACCAACUACCAUUUCCAGCAUCGGUUUAGCGGAGCUCGUCCCACGUUUAACUACAGAUUCGGCGACGCCGGCACUCCCUUCUACACAGCCCUGAAACGACAAAGCGAAACCAACUCACAGCCUUGGCUGUGGAACGACUUGAGAAACGCCUACCCGUACGCACAAAAUUUAAUCAACGAUCUGUGUAAUGAAAACAGGUACGUCUUCACGGUUAAUGGCAGGUUUGAUGACGUCAUUGGCACGCACACCGAGUUCCGUUGGGACGCUAUACCGAAUCGUCAAAAAAAGCGAUCAGCCGACCGUGGCGAGGACGUGCCUGGUGUCAUAUACCAGAACUCCACUCACGUCGCCAAGGCUCUGCCUAACGAUGUUCCACUGGUGAAGCUUGAGCCUCCUAAGGUCGAUAUCGAGGCCUACAACCAAACUCACCUCGAGAAGCUCCAGUUAUCUGGUUAACUAUAUAUAUAAUAAACUCAGCACUUCA